AUGGAUGACCGCCAGUCGUCUGCUGAAUUCCGUGUUUUAAACGGGCCUUUACUAUAUCCCAUCCUUGAGAACACUGCCCAUUCAGCACCUGAACAAUUUGGGCUUAUUCUUCCGUCCAUCAAAGAUUUACAUUUGCCAAUGAACAAAGUCGUCGACGCUCAGCACCAAACGCGACUCUUUCAGGCGAACCAUAGCCGGCAUCAGAGCGGAAAUCAAACGUCAUUAGCGUCAUGCGCUGCAACCGUACACGUCUACAAAUAUCAUUCCAACAAACCUUACACCUCCGACCAGAUCCGCUUCAUCCAAUGCAAGAGGGACGACGAGAACAUACCGUGGAAGAGAAUCACUGAGGGGUACAACAAGGCAUUCCCAGGCUAUUAUCGUAGUCAGAGCAGUAUUGAGGCCCGUUACUAUCGCGAGCAGUCAGCUCCAAAAGAAGAUACAGAUUUGGCCUCGAGAACAUAG